AGUGGCUGGUGGCUGGCCACGGCUCAGGACAUGGCCUCGUUUGUUCACGGUCCCCCAUCUCUGAAAAGAGUUAUGCUGUCUGCUUUGAAUGGACAGCGUUUUUCUUUGUGUGCUGGAUCAAAACAGAGGGGCAAAGUUAGUCAGCAAGUUGCAUAGCUAUCUGCAUUCUAAUUCUUCAAGCCUCUUUUGUAUGAAGUUUGGACAUAAAUUUCACACUGUGUUUGACGUGACUUGGAUGCUGGAGAAAACAAUGAAAGGAGCGGACAAAGCGAUUGUGGCAAAGUCCUUUGGAAAAUGGAAAAGCAGCUCUCAAAGGUCCAGGACCAUGGAGAAGCCGGAUGAGCCGUCUGAAGAAAGCAAGGAGGAGAACCUUUCCAGCUGCACCUGUGAGUCCCCACGAAAAGAGAAUGAAUUUCUCACUCACAUCCUGAAACAAGUCAACAAUUGUGCACACAUCAACCAAGGUGGACUGUGUGGACCUUGCAGCACGUCAUAUAUAUUGCCCAGAAAACUGCAAACAAAGAUGGAUUCAGAAGGAGAGGAUAACACACUUCAAACAUGCAACGGUGGCAAAGUUCCAGUUGAAUGCACCACCCAGGCUCCCGGCCCAUAUGGGUCUAUGGCUGCUAGGAAAAGACUCGCCCAGGAAGGGGUGCAGGGCGCCCCCGUCAACAAGAGAAAGUCUCUCCUGAUGAGGCCCCGCCACUACAGCCCCAGCGAGGCGUGCUGCGAGGAGGAGAACGAAGACCUGGCACAGGCACAGGACAAAGAAGAGCUGAGGAACAUUGACACUCCAGCAGAUGGUUGCCAAGGUACGCUUAAUGAAGUGCCCAACAUAAAUGGCUGCCAGGACUCAAUAACAAAACCCCAUGAUUCCUUUGGAUGGUCUGAAGUGGUGACUGAUGACUCUCUCCAUGAGGAGGUUGCUGCCUCGGAAACUCUGGAAGAUGAAGAGGUGGAGGAACGAAACCAAGAAGAAGAGGAAGAAGAAGACCAAAGUCAGGACAGGAUGAGUAUGACUUGCAGUUCCUCGCCACGUAAAAGCCCAUACCGGGACAGCCGGAAAGCCGAGUGGGAGUCUCUGUCCCUGUCUCAUUCUGCUAGGGUGAAUGGCACCAACGGCUGCAUCAACAGCCCCUCUAAAGCCACCACCAGAGAAGGACACCCAUUGGGCAGGAACGGCCACCAACACAUGAGAGACAAAAAUCCUGACUCGGACCUGAGGGCGUACAACAUGGGCAGAGUAGGUCCCUUCCAGGCAGGGGCCCUGCGGCUCUACCCCAGUGAGGAGGACAGUGAGGGGGAGCCAGAGGUGGAGAGGCCUCCCCAGCUGGAGGCCUGGGCGCUGGGCCUGCAAGAGAUGGAGAGACCGCUGGGCCUGGAGAUGGACCGAGACAGAGGAGACAGAGACAGGGACAGAGGGAGGGUGAACCUGAGCCUUCUGGAGCAGGCCAUGGUCCUGCAGUCAGAGCAGAGGCAUGUCAUCCACAAUGCCUACAGGGAGAUGGACAGGUUCCUACUGGAGCAGAUGACCAAUGAGAGGAGGCACCAAAGGCUACUGGAUGUAAACUCCAGGGUGAGCUAUCAUGGAUGCAAAGACUCUCCACGGCCAGACAAGAAGGAUAUUAGGUGUCCCACCCCUGGGUGUGACGGAACUGGCCAUGUCACUGGUUUGUACCCCCACCACCGGAGUCUGUCUGGCUGUCCCCACAAAGUCAGAGUUCCUCCAGAGAUCCUGGCCAUGCAUGAAAACGUCCUCAAGUGUCCUACUCCCGGGUGCACAGGAAGAGGCCAUGUAAACAGCAAUCGUAGCACCCACCGGAGUCUUUCAGGCUGCCCCAUUGCUGCUGCAGUGAAAGUCUCCAAACCUCAAGAGGAGAGCCCCAAAUGCAGACAAGCACCAGAACGAUUGUCCAGUAGCCACUUUCCUCAUCAAAUCCAACAACAACACCUCGUCUUCUUGGAUUCUUCUCCAACCAGACCUCUCGGCCCCCUCAUGAAGAAGUUGGAGUUCAACCAGUACAGCUACAGGUUCGCCCAUCACCAUCCUGUCACCGCCGCCUUGCAAGCCAACCUCACCAAGGACAUGGACAAGUACAGCAAGAUCCGCUUUGAUUACGCCAGCUUUGAUGCACAGGUCUUCGGCAAACAACCUCUGAUGGCACCCAACCAGGACCAAAAAAUCUCUCCUUCACACUUCCCUGACUCAGCUCUACAGUACACCGACUUCCUGGGUGCCCCUGGCAACCUCCUUCCCACGCCUGACCCCGGACGGCACAGCCCACCCACCCAUUACAAACCGGGAUGUGAGGGGCUCCAAGACACCGCAGCCACCACCGCCAUCCUCAACCUCUCAACCCGCUACCGAAGCAACAUGGAGGCCAUCUCCAUCUCUGGCCGGCCCCUGGCAUCCUCCACAAAGGACAUGCCCAUAGAAGUGGAUGAGAACGGCACCCUGGACCUGAGUAUGAAGAAAAGUCGGGAGGUAAAUUCCCCACCCAAGGUGCCUUUGGGAGACGUUGCCCUGUCCCCUCCUGAGUCCACUCUCAAGCAGGCCGGCAGUGUGCACAUCAGCCCUGCCUUCUACCAUUCCCUGUGUGAGAGAGACGCCUGGGACACACCUCUCAACUUCAGCAAAGCACAACAAAUGAUGCACGACAGAGAGCAGGAGGAUUUUGACGACGCUUCUCUGGAGAACCAGAGCUACUCCGGAGACGCGAGCAUGUUAAGCCCCAAGACCAAGAUGCUCUUAAGAGAUGCUAAGAAAGAGCUGAUGAGCUGUCCUACCCCCGGCUGUGACGGCAGUGGCCAUGUAACAGGAAAUUAUGCGUCACAUCGAAGUGUAUCUGGGUGUCCCCUGGCUGACAAGACUCUCAAAUCACUGAUGGCAGCCAACUCUCAGGAACUAAAGUGCCCAACACUUGGAUGUGAUGGAUCUGGACACGUGACCGGGAAUUACGCUUCACACAGAAGUUUGUCAGGAUGUCCACGUGCCAGAAAGGGAGGCUUGAGGCUUACACCAAACAAAGAUGAAAAAGACGACCAAGAAAUGAAGUGUCCAGUGAUAGGUUGUGAUGGGCAGGGCCACACAUCGGGCAAGUACACAUCUCACCGCAGUGCAGGAAGCUGCCCCCUCACUGCUAAGAGGCAGAACGAGUCAUCCAUCAAUGGCCUCCCCUUCCCCUGGAAUAAGGCCUGCAAACAGGAACUGCCCCACUGUCCCUUGCCCGGCUGCAAUGGCCUUGGACACGCCAAUAACGUGUUUGUCACCCAUAGAAGUUUGUCUGGAUGCCCACUUAAUGCUCAAAGUAUCAAGAAGAAGAUGUCAGGAGAGGAGAUGGUGACUAUUAAACUGAAAGCCAGCAGUGGAGUCGACAACGACGAUGACAUGCAACACUUGGAUCAUGAAAUCAAGGAACUGAAUGAAUCCAACCUGAAAAUAGAAGCUGACAUGAUGCAACUGCAGACCCAGCAGAUUUCGUCAAUGGAAUGUAACCUGAAGACAAUUGAGGAGGAGAACAAGAUGAUUGAACAGCACAACGACAGCCUUCUGAAGGAGUUAGCUCGCCUCAGCCAGGCUCUCAUCAACAGUCUCACAGACAUCCAACUGCCUCAAAUGGGGCCCAUAAGUGAGCAUAAUUUCGAAGCCUAUGUGAACACAUUAACAGAUAUGUACAACAACUCGGAGCACGACUACUCUCCCGAGUGUAAGGCUCUCUUGGAUAAUAUCAAACAGGCUAUAAAGGGAAUCCACGUUUAAGCUGUCAAGCCACCAAGAGGAGGUAUCUUUGAGUUGGGAUAAUGGUAUUGGAUGACUGUGUUUUUCCUGGAGAGUGCAGUGCUGGCUUAGUUGCAUGUAUAAGACAAAGCUUUGGGAAACGUGUCAACAUUUCACAGUUGAAUACAUUGCACUGAGACAAUUACCAGCUGAAAAUAAUUUUUCAUGUUUUUUAACGCUUCUGUAUUCACUUGACAUGUUACUUCUGGUGAGAUUUCUACCCCCCUUGCACUUAAUUAUUUUGUAUGGUUUGCUUGAUUUAAAUCUGUAUUUGUUAUUUUUUGUCAUUGUUAUGUUAUUGCUAUUUAUCAUCUUUAUUCAUCAAUGUAUUUAUUUAAACAUUUUUUAAAUUGUAUUUCUAUGAUUGUAAAAUGCUAAAUAUUUGAAAUCCUUUGACUAAUUGUAUAUUACAUUGAUGCACAUUCCAGUUUUAAUCAUAGCUCUCUUUUGCCGUCUAGUGGUGGUUUAUUUAUAUGUCAGAUCAGAUUCUAAUAAAACAAUUUGGAUCUCCCAUGAAGGUAGAGAACUCUACUAGAAUAAUCCAGAAUCAAUUUUUUUUAAAUUGUUGCUUUCGAUUUCUAUUUAAUAUUCAACCCUGAAUGUAUGGUAAGACAAAAUGAAGACUCAAAAAUGCAAUGCUACUGUACUGUACACUCAUAAUUGAACAAUAUGUUAAAAAGUUGACUGCAAUUGGGGAGUUGCGUUUGGCUCUUAGCAAAAUGCAACAUUGUUUUAUUUCAUUCAAUUAACUGAAUGUCAAAUUCAACUUUGAGUGUGUUGCUAGAAUAGAGCAACUGACAGCACUAAGACAAUUGAUAAAUCCACUUUGACAAGAUAUUGUCUUUCUUUUUCUUAAAUUAUAUAGAUAUUAAACUGCCUUCUGUGCACACACUGUGUGUGCAUAUAUGUGCCUACAUGUAAAUUAAUACAUAAAAUAUACAGUUCUCUGUUUUGUGGUAGGACAGUAUUAUGUGGAUGGUGUGUAAUUUAUUAUACAGUACACUUAUUUUCAAAGGAGAAAAUGUUCUUAAUGACUGUUUAUAUGCCAUUUCAAAUAUUUAAGCAUCGUCUCAGUAGCUGUAAUCUCAAAGUCAGGUCUUGAAGUAUCACAGGUUAAGAAGUGUUAGUGCUUUUUAAAACUUUUUACUUAUUUUCAGCAUGGAAAAAAAUGUCGAGGAAGGUAUUAGAAGAAAGGAACCACCACCAUACAAACAUUUACUCUGAGUUCAACUAUUAUGACACCUUUUAAAAUGUAUGCUCAUUAUUACUGAAUGAUGGUCGGUGGCGUUUCGGUUUCAGUAGUCACACCAAUUUCAAAAUAUCCCCCAAAAGGCACUUGGUGGCGUAAAUAUCACUGCCGGUUCUUUAGGGCCAGCAUGUAUUUUCAACCUGUCAAUCAUUUUGCAAACUGUCAAUCAUUUUGAUUUUCAGUUCAUCACUAUUACCUGAAGCAAAAAGGGACAAACAAACAAUGAUAUUGCUAGUUCUUAACUGUUUGUUUUCAAUUGUUAUGUUUUAUUUAUUCUUAAAUUGAGUUGUGAAUCAGUUGCACUUUCACUUUUUUUCUGUUGUAUUUCAGUUGAGUUCUAUUGCCUGGGGUUCCAGAGAAAGAUGACGCUUUCUUUGUUUGUGAGCAUUGCUCUUGAUGUCACAGUACAAUGUUAUUAUUUUGAAGUUUGCAUGGGUUGAUAGUCCUAUCAAGUUACAAUGAAUUGAGUUUGACUAGGCCUACUACACAUGUCCUGAGGAAGAAUUCGAAGAAGUGCAUAUCUGCAAAACAUAGCCAAAUUAAGGACACUUGUUGAGAAAAAUACUUUCUUUUAUUCAAAUAGUCAACACAUUGUAAAGAAUUGUAAUCUUGAAAAAUGUAAUCAUUUAACAUUUUGUUUAACUUAAUAAUUGUGUUAAUUUAUUUAUAAUUCGUAAUAUUUAAUUCAUAUACCACACAUUGUUUGCUCAGGAAGUUUUGUGAAGAAUAUUUAUUUUCCCUGUUAGUAUUUGAUGUUUUGUCAUGUGAACUGGAUUUUUGUGGAAUUAUAUUAGUAUGAUGAAACUGUAAUGUAUUUUCUUUCCUUUUUCAUUCAAAUGUUAUGCUUUUUCAGUUCAAGUAGUUUGUAAAUCGAAAGUAUUACUUUUGCUAUUUCAUAAGCAGAUAUGCGCUGUGUUGUACAGUUUGUGUAUGGUAGAAAUAAAACUUUUUAAAUGGU